AUGAGUUUAGUUUAAAAAGGAACUCAAAAUUAAUAUAAAGGAUCCGAAAUUUAAGUAGAUUAAAUACCACCUUAAUUAAAAUAUGUUUCUCGUUCUCUUCCAAGAGAAAUACUAAAAUGGAUAUAAGUUUUAGAUUUAAGUUAUUCUGUAAAAGAUGUUAAAAGGUUUAAUUUUUAUUUUAUUUUAUUUUUUAUAAAAAAAUAAAGAGAUCUUUCAAAUGGUUUUUUAAUAGCUGAAAUUUUCCAAAGAUAUUAUCCAUUAAAAAUAUAAAUGCAUUCAUUUGAUAAUAGUCAUAAUUAAUCUCGAAAAAAAAACAAUUGGGAAUUAUUAUAAUUAUUUUUUACCAAAAAUGAAAUUCCAAUUUAAAAAAAUGAAUGGGAACCAAUUCUUGUAGAUUCAGAUAUGGAAGUUUUAAUAGUUUUUAUGUCUAAAAUAUUUUAAAUUUUAACAUAAAGAAAAAUAUAAAAACCACCUCUAGCUGAUUAUAUAAACUCAAAAGAAUUCCUCACAUCUUCCCUUUCUAAAGACAAAAAUGAAACAACAUCGUUUUUGCUCAAAGAAAAUGGUUUAGAGAAGUUAAAUGAUAAAAAGGAAGAGAAAAAUGAAGAAAAAAAGGUUGAUAUUUCAAUAGUAAGUGAAAAUAAAGUUUAAAUGACAAGUCAUUCUUCAAAAAGAACUAAUUCUUUACGUGUACCUUCAAAACCUAUAUCUUAAAAUAUAGGAAGCUUAAAUUAUUAAAUUGAUGUAAAAAAUAUAACUGUGAAAUAAGUACAAGGCAGCAUAUUAAAAAUGAGAGAAAAUAAAAUUCUUCCUAUUGAACUAUAAUAAUAAUAAUCAUAAUAGUAAUAAUAAUAACCACUCGAAAUUAAUAUGGAUAAAAGCAAAAUUACUAGAAGAGUUAUAUAAGAAAAUAAAAAAAAAGAAAAAAUUGUAAUAGAAUAAACAAUUUUUGAUGUUCUUAAUACUAUGUUAUUAACCAGAUUCUAAUAAAAUGAAUUCAAAGAUGAAAUAAAUAAAAUAAAAGGAAAAAAUUUUAAUUUAACUUAAGCUUUUGCAGAUUAAAUAGAUGAUUUUAGUGAUGAAUUUGUAUGCUCGUUUUUAAAUGAAAUUUUAUAAUAAAAGGAGGCUUUUAUUUCUUUUUUAUUUAAAGAAACAAACAAUUUAUGGUCUUUUUUUAAUUUCUGUUUUACUUGUCUUUAUAAUUUAAGUUAUAAUAAAGAAAGUCUUCUUUUAUUAGGAGAAUUUAUACGUUGUUUUGGAGAAAAAAGUCUUUAGAGAGAUUAUAAUAAAACAAAAAAUAUAUUUAUUGAAUUUUUCUUGCCAAAGCUAUGUUAGAAAAUAUAAAACUCAGUUUAUUUUUAAGAAAAGGAAAUUAUGAUAUAAACAAUUUAUUGUUUCUGUCCUAAUGAUCCUGCUAGUAAAAAUUAAAUGAUUUCUUCAAUAAAAGAAUGUUUAAAAGAUAUGAAUACAUUUAUGUAAGUAUUAGUUGUAUUAUUUUAAUAUGAAGAAUAAUAUAGUGAUUAUAAUAAAUUAGUAUUUGAUAGUAUAAUUCAUUAUGCUAAUAGGAAUUUGUUUGCUUCACCCACAAAUUUAAGAGUAAUGUCUCUCGCUUUAUAUUCACAUGCUGCAGAUAUAUAACCUGAAUUAGUAAUUAAAUAAUUAAUAACAAAAAUAGACUAAUUAUCAAGAAAUUAAUGGUGGGAAUGCAAAUGUAUAGUAAUAAUUUUAUUUUCUAAAUUAAUUAAAAAAUUAUUAAUUGUGAUAAAUAUUAAGCUUUAGUAAAAAAUCCUGCAGCCAAUUAAAAGUUUUUUCUAUUGA